AUAAACAAUAAAUAAAUAAACACAUACAAAGGCCACAUUAUUUGCACCAUAGAAUGAUCAUUAUCAGAAUAUUUACUGUUCAGAAACUGAAACGCUGAGGAUUUGGACAAUUUUAAGUUCCAACGUAAUACAUCUCUUACUGAAUGAAUUAAUACAAAAUUGAUGACGACAUGAAACAGUGAAUCGAUAUGAAAAUAAUCGCCUAUUGGAUAGCUAUCAAUUGUUGAGUUUUCAGUUUUUUUUUUAAACCUUGGAUCAACAUUGUUGUUAAUGAAAAAAACAACAACCCCCUCCCCACCCCCCCAAAAAAAACAUUUUUAGGUUGUUGUCGCAAGGGAGGCCGAAAAACAUGAAGAGGAAAAAAGUUGCAGAUGUUGAAAGAAAGUGCUUUUUGGUCAUGUAAAAAGCAGAAGCAGCAUGUUUCCUGCCUCUUGAAAGCACAAAGUCUUCAAGACAUCAACAAUGGAUUUGGACCUCAGGAGCACGCCAGCGCCCGGUGGCAGCGGGUGCCCGCCGGUGGGCAUCCAGCUGGAGGGCAUCAUCCUGCCCCCGCUGUUGACGUUGGACGUGGUGCUGGGUUGGCUGGGCAACGCGGUGGCGCUGUGGGUCUUCUGCUUCCGCGUCAAGUCCUGGAGCGCCAACACGGUGUUCCUGGUCAACAUGGUGGCGGCCGACUUCCUGGCGCUGGUCAGCCUCCCGCUACGCAUCGACGCCCUCAUGCGGGGCCACUGGGUUUUCGGCGACGCGGUGUGCCGCCUCAACCUCUUUCUCAUGUUCUCCAACCGCACCGCCAGCAUUGCGCUUAUGACAGUCAUCGCCUUUUACCGAUACGUCAAGGUGGUCCACCCUCACCACCGCUUCAACCGCAUGAGCAAGCGACAGGCUGGCAUCUUGUCGUUGCUGGUGUGGCUGCUAGUGAGUAGUCCUCGCGUGCCCAUGCUGGCCUUCAACCACAUCAAGGGCAGCGGCGAUGCCACGCAGUGCUUCUUCUUCACCGUCUACAAGGAGGCCACUAGCGGCAUCGUGAUUUUGGUGGAGACGCACCGCGUGCUGACCGUGUUGGAGUUCGUCAUCACGCUAGCUCUCCUGAUCUUCUGCUCGGUGCAAAUUUCCCGCUCGCUGAAGCGUCGGCAGAUGGGAAACGUGGCCAAGGUGCGCAAGGCCAUGCGCGUGUGCGCCGCCAUCGUGGCCAUCUUCCUGGUGUGCUUCCUGCCAACCACCAUCACCACGUUGGGGCUUUGGGUGAGCCGCUCCCUGCGGCCGUGGGACUGCGCCGCUUUCUACGCGCUCACCCAGCUCAACAUUGUCUCCCUGAGCCUCAACUUCCUCAACUCGGCUCUGGACCCCAUCCUCUACGUCUUCUCCAGCUCCGUCUUCAGGAAAGAGCUCCUGGCCGCCGUGCCUCCAAGACUGCGUUGCAAACGGGCGGUUGAAGGGAAGUCGUCCGCAUCCGUGUCCACAUCUCAGUCCACCGGCCAGGUGGAGCUCGAGAGUGUGAGGAUGACCGCAGGCAGUGAAGCCUCAUAAGAGGGAGGGGGCUUCAUUUCCACACACUGAAAUGUUUCCUCCAUGGCAAAAUGUUCGGUCGCUGUUGUUUGUCCAAAAGAUGAGAUUGAUUAAAUUCAAAAGUCAUCUU